AUGACUAAUUACAAUUACGUAAUCAGUGAUCUACCGAUUUACAAAGCUGCAUUGCUUGACAAUUGGGAUUCCGUUAGUCAACUAUUCGAACAAGAUCCAGAGCUGCUGACAAAACAGAUAACAUACUGGUGGGAGACGCCGUUAAUCAUCGCGGUUGGGACGAAUCGCUCCCACAGUUUCGUGGAGAAGCUUGUGGAACGUAUUGUUGCGGUUGGUGCAAAGGAUAAGUUGUUUGUGGGGAGUUAUGGUGGAAACAACCCACUUCAUUAUGCUGCUAAGGUUGGAAACACAACUGCUGCUAAGCUUUUGGUGGAUCAGAACCCUGAUAUGACGCGAGUUCCGAAUCCUUAUGGUAAUACACCGUUGAAACUGGUUGCGUGGCAUGGGAAUAAGGAUACGCUAAAAUACUUGUUGACGGUGACUCCAGAUACGUCACUUCCUGGGGAGGAAGGAAGUAGUCCGUACACUGGAGUUGCUGGUGGAGAUCUUAUUACUCUCACAAUUAUGGCUGGAUUCUACGAUGUGGCGUUAGAGAUAGUUGAUUCGCACCCAAACAUCGUGUUGGAAAAUGAUAGGAACGGCAAAACGGCUUUGCAAAUAUUGGCUCUAAAACCAGAAAUUUUUCCAAGUGGAAACAGGCUUGGAUUUUGGGGGAAUUUCAUCUAUUCUUGUAAAUCUCAGUUUUGAAUUGUCUCUGUAUUACAGUUUGCAUAUUUUAUAAUAAGGUAACAUAAUAUACAGUAUAAAAACUAAUAUAAAAAUCUAAUAUUUUGUCGCAUCUACUUAGAAGGUUUGAA